UUCUAAAGCGUGAAGUUACUUAGAGCUCAUCUUAAUCACUCUUGAGAAAUUCAUAUCCACAACGUAGCAAAUCUUACGCUCCUCGUGGCAACUAAAGCUGCCGUUUACUCUACACCUGGACAGAGCACCUGAGAAAGACCUGUCCUUUUUAUCUACUAGCCAGCGCGGCUUUCUCCGGUAUUGCGAGCAAGCUGGAUUCCCGGAGCUCUUCGCCAUGUCUGGCGGGUUAUAGAUACUCCAUGGAGCAGCCGAAUCUCUACGAGGUCGCCCCUCGGCCCGUCAUGACCAGCCUUCAGAGUCAGCCAAACGCCUACUGCUACAAAGACCCCGCUGUUGCCGGAGACAUCAACGAAAUCUGCGACAACGAGAACUCUAUUGACAUAAGUGCCUACAUCGAUCCUGCAGCCUUCAACGACGAAUUUCUGGCAGAUCUCUUCCAUAGCAGCUCGAAACAAGAAAAGUUGAAGAUGAUGAACGGCGAUUACGACUAUUCUCAUGGCCACGGGCACCUGAACGGUGGACCAGGGGCGCAGCAACAAGUUUACAUGCCCAACUAUAUGGAGUCCUCCAAAUUAGAGCCCAUCUAUGACAACGCGUCAACAAGAAUCCGACCGGUGGCAAUAAAGCAAGAGCCUCGCGAGGACGAGGACAUGAACCAUUCCAUGCCGCCUACCUAUCACCAUGCUCAUCAGCACCACCCGCAGCACCUACCACAUCUUCAAUACCAGAUUGCGCAUUGCGCGCAGACAACCAUGCAUCUGCAACCUGGCCACCCGACGCCUCCACCAACUCCGGUGCCGAGCCCUCACCACCAGCAGAACAGUAUGUCCGGCGGGUCGAUGAAGAUGAUGGGUGGCAGCGACAGGGGGAAAUCAAAAAAGAACGUCGACAAGAACAGUAGCGAGUACAGAUUGAGGAGGGAGCGAAACAAUGUUGCGGUGAGGAAGAGUAGGGACAAGGCUAAAAUGCGCAAUGUGGAGACGCAACAGAAAGUGAUUGAGUUGGCUACAGACAACGAUAGACUGCGCAAGAGAGUUGAACAUCUCACUCGGGAACUGGACACAUUACGGGGCAUAUUUAGACAACUCCCCGAUGGCUCUUUCAAAUCCAUGGGCAACUGCGCUUGAAAAUGGACUAGUAUGAUUCUGUUGGACUUUUAAAAGACGUGUAAAAUGGUGACUGCUGGAUUCAAGCGGUAUAUAUAUAUAUAUCAUCUGACAGAUUCUGCAACUGUUAUUUAAGGAGAGGCCAGGCAGCUGAGGUAUACAAGUGCCUUUCGUACAAAACGAUAAGCUCAUUGACCAGUUUGAACAGUGGAUUUGCGGUUGAUUUGUGCCUUUAAAAGAUUGUGUGCUAGUCACGCAACACAACAUAUCAGUGCAGCUAUGGUAGGGCAUGAUUUUAACUAUAAUCGUUAGCCUGUUGUUCAUAUUGUAAAGUUACCAUCUCGAUAUCAUUUCCUGCGUCUAAUAUUUGCGCCUUGAGCUAUAGUCUAUAAAAUGCAAAGUGCACACUGCUUUUCAAUAUGUUUAUUUUUGCAACGAAAAAAAUGUGCGCACUGAUGAAAAUGUCUUGCCAUUCUUCUUAUCCAAACUACCCAAAUGUACAGAGCGUUAAACUCAAGUGUGGUACAGGCUUUCACAGGUUGGGGUGAUCGAUGGACUGAUUUAUAAGCCAAAGCAACUGGUGUUUGUUAUACUGUGGAACCUGCUUCAUAAGCAGUGUUUUGUGCACUAUAUGUAGGCUAGUCAAAAUACGACCAAAUGAAGCACAUUGUAUUUUGAAAAUUGCCAGGUUUGGGUACUGAUCUAAAAUGCCUCUCAGUGUAGGCCUGUAUGCUUUAUAAAGUUAUAGCUUUGUAUUUAUGUAUAAUUGAAGACAAAUGUGAAAAGGGUUCCUAUGCAAUGUCUGUUUCACACCGUCGUGCUUUCUCAGUGAGUUUUCUGUGAAGCGCUGUUAAACUGGUUCUGCAGAGUCAACUUCAGUGGCACUGUCUAAUUUUCUCAGAGCACCCUCAAGUAUACACCUAAAUUCAGUGCCUUCUGACUUCUCUGAAGCAAACUUUAUCAUUGGCUGAACGUCAUUGAAUCGAUGACAUUAAGAUGUAUUUUUGCAGGAAGGUGAAGGAAGCACUAUUUUGUUUUUGUUUUUACUGAUCCAUAUUGCCAAACCCUACAACUGUAAAAUGACCAUAUAUAAAUGCCAAAAAUUAUUAAUUAUAAUAAAAGAGCAUUGUCUUAUGUA